GCAGAUACGAUGGAACAUAGCCACUGCACAACCAAAACACGGACAUGUCUGCUCGGACUGGAAUCCAGUAUCUGUUCGAUAAACCGAUUUCUAAAAUAUUAUACGGAUAUUAGAUAUUAGUAUUUUAAAUCGUGACGUUGAGUAACGUAGUCGCUAUGCUGAGGCAGUUAUGGCAGCAGCUGCAAUGUAUUACUUUAUUCUCGAGUGUAUACUUGGUGGCCGUGGCCGUGUUUUUAGCAGUGUUUUUCGUGUCACACAAAUUUAAAAAACGAACAUUCUCUAAUGUUCCUCCCGGUCCGAAACCCUGGCCUUUGAUUGGCAAUUUUGGACAGUUUCUCAUCCCAAGUUUUGUUUUGAAACGGCGCGGGGGUCGUACUGAAAAACGCGAACCAAGGAAAUCCGUUUUUGUAUCCCCACAAGUUUUUCUAACGGAACUGUCGAAAAAGUAUGGCAGUAUCUACAGCCUUUUUAUUGGUAAUCAACUGAUAGUUAUAUUGACAGGCUACGAAGUCGUCAAGGACGCCCUCUCAAAUCGAGCCGACGUAUUUUCGGACCGACCUGAUGUUCCCGUCGUAACUAUUAUGACAAAGCGGAAAGGUAUAGUGUUUGCCCCCUAUGGUCCCGUGUGGAGAAAGCAGCGAAAGUUCUGCCAUGCAACUUUACGGAGUUUUGGGCUGGGCCGGCUGAGCCUGGAGCCCCGCAUCCUGGAGGAGCUGGCAGUAGUGAAGAAUGAGCUGCUGAGAAUCCACGCAGAGGGAGAGGGGAUGCCCGUUGACCUGACACCGCUCGUCAGCAACGCGGUGUCUAAUGUGAUCUCCUCCAUUAGCCUCGGUCAGCGUUUCCACCACGGGGAUUCCCAGUUCCGCUCGCUGCUGGAGCUCAUGUCCAGGGGCCUGGAGCUCUGCAUCAACAGCCCGGCCAUCCUCAUCAACGUCUUCCCCUGGCUGUACUACCUGCCCUUCGGUCCCUUCAGGGAAAUCCGGCAGGUGGAGAGGGACAUCACGGUCUUCCUGAAGGAAAUUAUCGUCCAGCACAGGUCCAGUUUGGACCCGGACAGCCCCCGUGACCUUAUCGACAUGUACCUGGUGGAGACGGCCCAGCAGCAACAGAGCGUAGGGGCGGGGGAAACCAGCUUCUCGGAGGAUUAUCUCUUCUACAUCAUUGGCGAUCUCUUCAUCGCCGGAACUGACACCACCACCAAUACUGUGCUCUGGAUGCUGCUGUACAUGAGCGUAUAUCCAGACAUUCAAGAGAAGGUUCAGGCUGAGAUUGAUUCAGUUGUGGGGACAGACAGGGUCCCCUCGCUGACAGACAAGGCUAGCUGUCCUUUUACUGAAGCCACUAUUAUGGAGGUCCAGAGGAUGACUUCAGUUGUUCCCCUGGCAAUACCUCACAUGGCCUCAGAGACCACAGUGUUUCGAGGAUACACAAUCCCCAAGGGAACAGUGAUUAUCCCAAACCUCUGGUCUGUCCACCGAGAUCCGACUGUGUGGGAAAACCCAGACGACUUCAAUCCCGCCAGGUUCCUGGACAAAAAUGGACAAGUUCUGAGAAAAGAAUUUUUCAUUCCAUUCGGAAUAGGCCGCAGGCUGUGCAUGGGCGAGCAGCUGGCUAAGAUGGAGCUCUUCCUGAUGUUCUCGAAUCUGAUGCAGGCUUUCACCUUCAGGCUCCCGGACGGCUUGCCACCGCCCUCCAUGGACGGGCGAUUUGGACUUACACUGGCACCUUGCCCUUACACUGUCCAUGUGACUCCUCGUCGCUGAGACCUUGUGACUGCUAUUAGUUACGGCAGUAUAUAAUUAUAUUAUUAUUAUUAUUAUUAUUAUUAUUAUUAUUAGCACUUCUAGUAGUAUUGGUACAUGGUUGCUAUUGCCACAAACUAGAAAUCAAUCAGCAUUACACUUGCACCUUACCCUUGAAAAAAAACGUAUUUUCGCUACUUUGAACAUUGUUACAAAUUUAUCACUUUAAAACUUGACUUUUCAUAGCAGUAAUUCAUCUGUGACAAUGCUGCCAAUUUUGACCUGCACCGACUUAUUUUUGAUAGAUAUGAUUUUCACGUUGUGUUUUCACAUAAUCUUGUAGCAAACUUACUUUCUGGGCUGGUCCGUGGGUUAUUCCGUGAAUACCGAUGGCUUAUCUGGGAAGUGAUAUAACGUGUAGUGGACCAAACCAGGGGACUUUGUAGCAAGCAGGAAGUUAUGGAGUGAAAUCAGACAGGAAACUAUCAUAUUGACAAGUGGUAUGAGUAGUGGCCCUGUCAGAUGAACUUUCUCCAGAAAUUCUGACAUGGUCCAGGAGACCAGACUGAAAUAUUCAGAUUUACCAUAAGACUGUGGGUCUAUAAGACUUUCAGUUUGGUUUGGUAUUCUUGCACUUUAAAGCUGUGUGAUUGUGAUAUUUUUUUAAAGAUUGUUGCAAUCACUAUGAAUGACUGUUUGACUGAUGACUCCUAAGGCUCAUUGUUUUCAGUUUAUACCGAUUUUACCGCAGGACGGCUUGGAACAAGCUUCCAGAAAAUGUUGUUAUUUUUGUGAUAUGACUUUCUCCUGAAUUUUUGCAUUAGGCUAUUUUUUCAACUGAUUUUCAUCUAUUUUUUUAAUAUAUAAAAUAAACUGCUAAAUUCUGCUAAAAUAAAAACUGGAAACAAUGGCACCUUAGACCACCUCAAGACUGAAACUUAAAUGUGCUUGGAUUAACAGGCUUUAGUGAAACCAUUGCUGUUUCAUUUAGAAUUCUGUUCCACUUUGAAUGUGCUCAGGGAAAGUGGUAUUAUCAAUUAAGACUGACGGUAAUAUUUCAUUCUCAAAUGCUUUUCCUAAUGUACUUUAAUAUAUUUUGGCUUUCCUGUUAAGUUCAGCCAGAUUUGCUAUUGAGUGAAGUAAUGAUCUGCCGCUUUACCAAGUUCUAGAACUGCCUUUUCUUACCUAAGGCCGUAGCUUUUAAUAAAGUGUUGCCCACUUGA